CAGCUACGUCAUUCGCCUCUCAGACAAAGGAUUUUUGAAAAGAUGUGGAAACCUUUCGAGCCUGGCAGCUCGCCUAUCGACUGGUGCGAGAGCAAUUAUAACAUUUCGCCAAGCAUUGCUGAGUUUAUGAAUACUCUAAGCAAUGCUCUCUUCUUAUUGCUGCCACCUGUGCUGAUGCAUCUGUUUAAAGAUUAUGGUCGAUUUGUUAAUCCUGGAAUACAUGUAAUAUGGGUUCUGUUAAUGGUAGUUGGAAUAAGCAGCGCAUACUUCCAUGCUACACUUUCAUUAGUUGGUCAACUUCUUGAUGAAUUAGCAAUUUUAUGGGUAUACAUGGCUGGACUUUGUAUGUUUCUCCCAAGAAGAUACUUUCCAACAGCAGUAAAAAAUAAUCGCAAGAAGUUUUCACUAUUUGCUAGUAUGGCAACCUUGGUAGCUACUGUACUAGCAACUUUUCAUCCAGCAAUAAAUGCAUUUGCACUGAUGACUCUUGGAAUACCAGCUUUUGGAUUUAUGAUUCUUGAACUUAGAAGGACAAAGUCUGCCAGAGUUUAUAGACUGGGACUUCGUUGUGGUGCUGUUUGGGUCUUAGCAGUUACAUGCUGGCUUAAUGAUAGAUUGUUUUGUGAUACUUGGCUUAAUUUGAACUUUCCUUAUCUUCAUGCUUUAUGGCAUUUGCUUAUUUUUAUCGCGAGUUAUACAGCAGCCGUACUAUUUGCGUAUUUUACUGUUAAAGAUGAAAAACCUCAUCAGUCACCAAUAUUGAAAUAUUGGCCAAGAGAUGAUUUUGAGCUUGGCAUUCCAUAUGUAACAAUAAAAAGUUACAUCAAAGUUGAUACCAAGAGUUAUAUAUAAAGAUUUCAUUUUUCCAUAUAUGAUUCGAUGUUUGUAAACCAAAAGUCAAAACUAAUAUAUAUUCUAAGGAGUACUAUGAGAUGGAUUGUGCUAUUGAGACUGAGAUGAGCUUUUUAUAAUUAUUGUAAUGACCUAUAUAACUUAUAUAAAUCAAUUAGUUAAAAAGGUCAAAAUCACCACAACUUUUAUAUAGUUGAAUGUAAUACUGAUCUGUGACUGAAACAAAGAGAAUACUAUAACGUAUUCAAGAUUAAAGAAACUUUUAUUAGAAAUAUUUGUGAUAUAAAUAUAUAUGGUAUAGUUAUUAUAUAUACGAUAUACACUUGAAUUUCAAUGAAUUACUUUAAGAAAUAUGUAGAAAAAAACGAUAAUUUAUUUAUGAGUGAUUAUAUUUGAUGCUAAUAUAUUAAUCAAGUUUAUUUUUUAAUGUUAUUGUCUUACUAUAAGUAUUUGUAAACAUUGUUUUAGAUCGUGAGUGAACUAUGCGAAAAAAAAUUUAAACAGA